AGGAGGGUUUGUUGCGAGUGUGGUUGGCACUAUAGCAGUGAUCAUCAUCAUUGGCCUGUCAGUAGGCACUCAAAAGCACAAGCAAGAGGAGUCUAGAACUAAGGUGAUGCCUAAAGUUGAGGUGAAGCCUAAAACUGCGGUGAUGCCUAAAACUGUGGUGAAGCCUAAAACUGCGGUGAAGCCUAAAACUGUGGUGAAGCCUAAAACUGAAGAUGACCCCAUACAUGAGGCUAAACUGUGGAAAAACUACAGGUUACCAACGUCCCUGGUUCCACUGUAUUACAACGUGACUCUAUGGCCUCAGCUUAAAAUGGACAUCUAUGGCAGGUACAUUUUCAUUGGACAUUCCGGAGCUGCCUUCAUGUGUGUGAAUGAAACAGAUCUGAUCCUCAUUCAUUCCUAUGAACUGAAAUAUUCUUUGACAUGGGGGAGACACCACGCAAUGCUGCGCGGGCUGAGUGGUGCUAAAGCUCCAGCCAUUAAGAAAAUUUGGCUUGAAGUAGAAACCCAGUAUUUGGUGGUUCAGCUCAGUGAAAAGCUGCAGGUUGGAAUGACCUACUGGCUCUACACGGAAUUCCAAGGAGAGCUGGCUGAUGACCUUCGCGGAUUUUACAGAAGUGAAUUCUUUGAGAAUGGAGUGAAGAAAGUUGUUGCCACAACUCAGAUGCAGCCCACUUUUGCCAGGAAAGCCUUCCCAUGCUUUGAUGAGCCAGCAAUGAAAGCCGUUUUCCACAUGACUCUCAUUCAUCCACUCAGAACUGUGGCUCUAGCUAAUGGCAUGGAAACUGCCACAGAAAUAAUCUUCCACAACAAGAAACUGGUUUUACAGACCAAGUUCGAACCCACUGAAAAGAUGUCAACAUAUCUGUUAGCUUUUGUCGUCAGUGACUUUAUUUCCAUUAAGAGUCCAGCAGAGGCCAAGGUUCUGAUCAGAAUCUGGGCUCAAAGGAAGGCCAUUGAAGCUGGGCAGGGGAAAUAUGCCCUAAACAUCACUGGCAACAUCAUUAAUUUCUAUCAGAACUACUACAACUCAACAUACCCACUGCAAAAAUCAGAUCAGAUUGCACUGCCUACUUUCAGUUUUGGAGCCAUGGAGAACUCUUUUAAAGAAAAAGCUCUGCUGUUUGAUCCCAGCAUGUCCUCCAAUCAAGAUCAUGAAUGGGCGUUGAUGGCAAAUUCUCACGAGGUUGCACACAUGUGGUUUGGAAAUCUUGUGACCAUGAAAUGGUGGAACGAUCUGUGGCUAAACGAAGGUCUUGCUACCUACGUCUCUUAUCUUGGGGCUGAUGAUGUUCAACCCACCUGGAAUAUGAAAGAUCUGAUGGUGUUGUACGAGGUUCAGAAAGCAUUUGCCUUGGACGCUGUGGCAUCUUCUCACCCUCUAUCCUCCCCAGAAGAGAAGGUCAACACACCUGCAGAAAUCGCUGACCAAUUUGACUACAUUACCUACAGCAAGGGGGCUGCUGUAUUAAGAAUGCUUUCCGAGUUCUUAUCUGAGCCUGUCUUUGCCAGAGGACUCAGUGCCUAUUUGAAGCAGUUUGCAUAUGGCAACACAGUGUACACUGACCUGUGGGGGAACCUUCAGGAAGUGGUCGACUCUGAUCCAGCGGUGAACCUUCCAGCCUCAGUGACUGAAAUCAUGAAUCGCUGGAUUCUCCAGAUGGGCUACCCAGUGGUCACCAUAGACACCCAGACAGGACGUAUUAGCCAGGAACACUUCCUGUUGGAUUCAGAAUCAGAGCCAGACAGACCAUCUCUAUACAAUUAUGAGUGGUUUGUGCCUAUCAAGUGGAUGAAGAAUGGAACUGUCAUGGGGCAGCACUGGCUUCUUGAAAAAACAGCCACUCAUGAGCCGAUGAGGACAAACAGUGAAUGGGUGCUGGCCAACGUGAAUGUGUCAGGAUUUUACAGGGUUAACUACGACUCCCAAAACUGGCAGCGUCUUAUCUCACAGUUAACUUCAGAUCAUUCGGUCAUUCCUGUAAUCAACAGGGCUCAGAUUUUGGAUGAUGCGUUCAAGCUGGCAAGAGCAAAGAUUAUCAGCAUAACUGUGGCUCUGAGCAUCACCAAGUAUCUUUCUGAGGAGAGGGAGUACAUGCCGUGGGAGUCCGCCAUCAAGAAACUUGAUCACUUCUUUCUGAUGUUUGAUUGGACUGAAGUCUAUGGAGCAAUGGAAGAGUACCUGAGGGGUAAAGUUCAACCUCUAUUUAAUUACUUUAAGAACAUCACUGCAGACUGGACUGAGAUUCCGUCAAGUCACACUGACCAAUACAACCAGGUCAAUGCGAUCUCACUUGCAUGCAUAACUGGAGUGGAAGGAUGUGUUAAUCUCACCAAAACGUGGUACCGCCAGUGGAUGGAGAAUCCAGAUAAAAACCCAAUUCACCCCAACCUGAAGAUGACUGUGUACUGCAAUGCCAUCGCUGCUGGAGGUGUGGAGGAGUGGGAGUUUGGCUGGAACAUGUACAAGAGCAGCAGCAGUGCUGCUGAAGCUGAAAUGCUGCUGUAUGGUUUGUCAUGCAGCAAAGAUCUCUCACUUUUGAGCAGGUACCUGAAAUACACAUUAGGUGUGAAUAUGAUACGGAAGCAGGAUGCCACUUCAGCAAUUCUGUAUGUUGCCAACAAUAAGCAUGGACAUCUGUUGACUUGGUUCUUCAUUAGAGACAACUGGGAUCAUAUUAUUUAUGAAGGUGGAUUGUUCUCAUUUUCAAGAAUCAUUCUUGGUGUAUCCAAAAGGUUUUCCACACUGUUCGAGCUAAUAUGGUUACGCCAGUUCAGAGAAGAACUCCUGUAUUCUGGAUUUAUUAACACAGCUUUUGUGGUCCAUCAUGCCAUAGAGACGACAAAGGCUAACAUGAAAUGGGUGGCUCAAAAUAAAAAGGAAGUGAUGAGAUGGCUAACAGAAGAAUCAGCCUGAGUUUGCUCCAGAGAAUUUUUUCUUCUUUCCUUUUUAACAUUUUUUGCCAUUUUUGCUAUUUUCUUUCUGUGCUUUGUUUUUUAUUCCCUUAUUCUGUGAUUUUGAAAUAUCAUUUCAUUUAGAACAUUUCUGUAGAAUAGUUCGGUGAUGCUUUACACAUGUGUGUGAGUCAUUCGUGUCAUAUUCAUGAGCAGUACUGUAACAUUCCGUCAUAAUUACAGAAGCAUUCUAAAAUGUUGAUUGACAACUUUUUCCCAAAUCACUGAAUGAUGGGCAAAGGUUUGCGCACUCCACUUGUGUCAUGAUGAUACAUGUACACAAGCAACACCUUACCAACCAACUGGAAUACUAUAACAAUCAUCUAGCAACACCCUGGCACUUGGGAUACUAUAGCAACCACCUAGCUACAUCUUAGCAACCAUGUGUGAUACUAUAGCAACCACCUUGCAAUACACUAGCUCCUAUCUGGGAUACCGUAGCAACCACCUAGCAACACACUGGGAUACCAUAGCAAUCAUCUAGAAACAACCUAGCAACCACGUGGCAUACUAUACCAAUGCAUCACCCUAGCAAACAUGUGGAAUACUACAGCAGCAACCACCUGGCAACAGACUAGCUCCCAUCUGGGAUGUCAUAGCAACAACCUAACAACAUCCUAGCAACCACUUAACGACCACCUGGGAUACCAUAGCAACCACCUAGCACACCUUAGCAACCAUGUGGGAUACUAUAGCAAACACCUAGCAACAUGCUAGCUCCCAUCUGAGAUACCAUAGCAACCACCUUGCAACACCCUAGCAACCACCUUGGAUACAAUAGCAACCACCUAGCAACCACUUAGUAACCACCUGGGAUACCGUAAGCAACCACCUAGCAACAACCUAGCAACCACGUGGCAUACUAUAACAACGCAACACCCUUGCACCCACCUGGGAUACUGCAGCAACCACCUAGAAACCACUUAACAACAACCUGGUAUACCAUAGCAUCUGGUUAGAAACACCUUAGAAUGAUCCAGCAACCACCUGGGAACUGCUUAAGCUGUGCAGCCCCUCUAUAUUUUCUUUCGUAGUUUUAUAAUGACCAAGGAAUGUAUUUAAUGAAUAUUUGUAUUGAAAUGGUAUUUAAUUCUAAUGUAGUUGCACUGUACUGUUCAUGAAUAUGUCACAGAUGCUUCAACCAGUAUCACCAAUAAUUAAAUUAACACCGUGUUCGUUGUAACUACUAUGUAACUAAGAUGUAGUAAUGUAGUUUAGAGAGUGAGGAAUUGUAGACACACAUUCAGACUCAGAGAGUUAAAAACUUAGAGCAUUCGUUCUCCUGAAUCAGUCGCUGAUUGAACUCAGCUCUUACAGCUCUGUGCUGAGAGGAAGUAGACAGGACAGCACAGAUGGACAGAGGAGGUGUGAUGUGUCACUGUUGUGUCUGAGAACAGCUGUGGUGUUGUCACCAUCGUACUGACCUCAGGAAAGCAGCUGUCACUGCUGCAUUACUGCAGACAUGUUUACCAGAAAAAAACAGUGUAAAUACAUUGCAAAAAUUACACGCCAAUGAAAAUGUUUUUAAAUAAAGCUGGUAUAUUUAAUAUUUCUCAUUGGAAAAAUGUUAUAGGAUCAGGCUGUUUUUAGACAUGUUUGCUUACAUAAAAUGACCAUAGUAGGCGCGCUAAUCUCAUUGGUUUACUUUCUUGGGAGAUACUUUCUUUAUACAAAGCAAUUAGUUUGAAUAAAUGUAUGAUUAGUUUGAAUAAAUGUAUGAGUCGCUUCAUAAAUGGGCUGCUAUUUAGCCCAAAGCUUUAGCAAAAUACACUUUUUUUCAUUUUUCAGUGUUGAAUCUAAGUAAACAUGCACAUAAUCAUUAAAAAAUGUU